AUGUCUGCCGUCCAACGAAGCUUGCGGACGGCGUCGAAGCAGCUUCGCCUUCAGCCCCAGCCCCAGCGUCUGCGUGGCCUCGCCCGCACUUCGGCCUGCUUCGGCGCCGCGAGUCGCUCGCCGUCCUCGCUUCAAUCCUCCUCCUCCUCCUCCCGCAGCCAUUUUUCCACCUCGACCGUGCAAUCAUCGGCAGCACCCGCCAUGGCCUCCCAACCGCGCGAGUACGAUCCCGAGAUCAAGGACAUUGCCGACUAUGUCGCCAACAAACCCAUAGACUCCGAGCUGGCCUUCGACACGGCCCGAUGGAUCCUCCUCGACACCCUCGGCUGCGGCCUCGAGGGUCUGCGCUUCAAGGAGUGCACCAAGCUCCUCGGCCCCGUCGUGCCGGGCACCGUCGUCCCCAACGGCACCAAGGUGCCCGGCACGCCCUUUGUGCUGGACCCGGUGAACGGGGCGUUCAACAUCGGCGCCAUGAUCCGCUGGCUCGACUUUAACGACUGCUGGCUCGCGGCCGAGUGGGGUCAUCCUUCCGACAACCUCGGCGCCAUCCUCGCCGUCGCCGACUGGAUCAACCGCACCAACAAGAGCGGCGGCCGGCUCGCCGGCGGCAAGAUCUUCACCGUCAAGGACGUGCUCGAGGCCAUGAUCAAGGCGCACGAGAUUCAGGGCUGCCUCGCCCUGCUCAACUCGUACAACAAGGUCGGCCUCGACCACGUCGUCCUCGUCAAGGUGGCCUCGACCGCCGUCGUCUCCAAGAUGCUCGGCCUCGGCGAGAAGCAGAUCGCCGACGCCGUCACCCAGGCUUGGGUCGACGGUCAGUCGCUGCGGACCUACCGCCACUCGCCCAACACCAUGUCCCGCAAGUCCUGGGCCGCCGGCGACGCCUGCCAGCGCGCCGUCAACCUCGCCCUCAAGGUCAUGAAGGGCGAGCAGGGCGUUCCCACCGUCCUCUCGGCCCCCGUCUGGGGCUUCUACGACGUCCUCUUCAAGGGCAAGAAGUUUGAGUUUCAGCGCCCCUACGGCAGCUACGUCAUGGAGAACGUCCUCUUCAAGGUCUCCUACCCCGCCGAGUUCCACUCCCAGACGGCCGUCGAGGCCUCGGAGAAAAUCUUCCAUCAGCUCAAGGCCAUGGGCAAGUCGGCGGCCGACAUCAAGGCCGUCACCUGCCGGACCCACGAGGCCUGCAUCCGCAUCAUCGACAAGCAGUUCAAGCCCAUGGACAACUUUGCCGACCGCGACCACUGCAUCCAGUACAUGUGCUCCGUCAUGCUCGUCUUCGGCCGGCUCGAGGCCACCGACUACACCGACGGCGGCGAGGCGGCCACGUCGGCCCUCGUCGAGUCCCUGCGCCAGAAGAUCAAGUGCGUCGAGGACCCCCAGUACACCAAGGACUACCACGACCCCCAGCUCCGGACCAUCUCCAACGCGCUGACGGUCGAGCUCAACGACGGCACCGUCCUGGACGAGGUGGUCGUCGAGGCGCCCCUCGGCCACCGCCUGCGCCGCGAGGAGGCCAAGCCGGUGAUCCUCGCCAAGUACAAGCGCCACCUCGCCCCCCACCUGCCCGAGGCCCGCGUCGAGGAGCUCGUGAAGCUCAGCCUCGACAGCAAGAAGCUCGAGAGCAUGUCUGUCGACGAGUACGUCGACCUCUACGCCGUCAAGGAGAGCAAGUUUCUGUAA